AUGGCAAUGCCAGAUGAGGCCGCAUGGAGGGAGGGCGAGGGAGUGGAUAUUAGAUCGGACGAGAGUGUGAAGUUAUUUGGGAGUGGGGAAGGGACGGAGGGAAGAGAGGGGCGAGUGGAUGCGACGGAGAGGGGAGAGGCAACUGGAAAGAGGGCCGGAGUGGGCAGGAAGGGGCUGAGAGGGGCGUGGACAACGAGCAGGGUGCGCCACCUAUUCGCCCACUCACCCCCCACUGCCAGCGACGACGCCCGCGCCGUAACCCACUGCCACUUCACGCCCUACGCGCGCCUCUCGCAGCGAGCGUCCUCCACUCCCUGCCGUUCACCCGCCACGUCUGCCGCCGCAUUCCGCGCUGCCGCGGAACCACCCCCCUCACUUUGGGCCGCCGCCCACGCUGCUACUGCGCUUCCCGCUCGUCCACUCCGCCGCGCGCCUGCCGCCGCGGGGGAGCUGCGAGGCGGCUCGCCAAUCAACUGCGCGUCUUCCGCCGCGUUCCACGCUGCUGCGAGUCUGGCCGCGGCGAGCGGGAAAUCCGCGGCGCUGAUUCGCCCUGCGCGGAGCGCCGCGGCCAUGCCCCUGACGAGUCGACGAUCCACUAGUGUAUGCGCGACGCAAGCGCUGGUGGCGGAGUGGGAGGCGCGGACGACCGGAAGGGCGGAUGCGAGGGAGCGAAGGCGGAUGGGGGAUCCGUUUGGCGGAGGCGGGCACAGGAGUGGGGAUGAGCGGAACGAGCGGGGGGGAAGGGACGGAGGGCAGGGGAGUGGUACAACAGGGACGAUCGGGAGGAGCGACGGGGAGGGCGGGGGGGAGAGGAGCGUGGAGGAGGUGCGGGUCGCCGUGGAGACGCUGUGGCGCCACUCGCAGCUCCUCUCCGCCAUAUGCGCCCCUCAUUCCGCGCCCAUACCUCGCACGGCCCGCCCCGCUCCCCCUUGCCCACUCCCCACUCCCCUCACCGGAACCUCUGUGCAAUCACCCCCUCCUCUCACGAACCACACACUCACUGUCACAAUAUCAUUCCCACUCAUGCACCUAUCACUCACCCUUUCACUCCCAUUGCUCCUCCACGAGCGUGAGCGCUUACCGGCAGCAGCGCCACAGGGGGCAGCGUGGGGUCAACCGCGAGGCAGUGUUGCUGCAGCAGCACCAUCAGAACCACUCCCCACCGCCGAGCCGGCACCCAAACCCACAGCAGCUGCAGCAGCGGCAGAAACAAUGGCGGCGGCAGCAGCAGCAAGGGCAGAAGCGGAGGCGGUGUGGGCAAGAGCAGGCGAGCAGGUGGGCGGCGGCGAGGUGCAGCGCCUCAUGGCGCCCCUCUCCCGCCUCAUGGUGCCCCUCUCCCGCCUCAUGGCGCCCCUCUCCCGCCUGCUGCUCGCCCUGCAGGGGGGGGGGAGAGGGGGAACGGGGGGGGCUGGGGGGGCUGAGGUUAUGCGAGGGGACGAUGAGGUGGGGGAGGAGGGUUGGGACGGAAGAGAGGGAGAACAAGACGGAGAGCGGAGGAGAGGAGGAGGUGAGGAGGGUGGGGAGGAGGGGGAAGGGGAGCGAGCAGUGGGGUGGGUGGAGCGAGUGGAGGCGCUGCGAGUGGUGAGGGCGCGGGGCAGAGCGGUGAGGAAGAAGCGAUGGCGGGCGACGAGGCGAGCACAGCAGACAGUGGCAUGGCAGCAGUGGGCCCUGUGCAUGGGUGGGUCGUGCUUCUCCCCCCGCUCCCCACUUUCUUCUCUGCUGCCUUUCCCACUUAUUUCUUCCCUACUAGCCGACCCGUCCCCCACGAUCCCCCUCUCAUCCAACACCCCCCUCCCCACCUUUCCUCUCCACACCCCCCUUUCUCACGGGUGGCCGCUAUGUGGGCGUGCGGGGUGCCGUGGGUGGGUGGGGCAGAGGGAGGAGCAGCGGCAGGUGGUGGAGGCGAGGAUAGACGCGUGGAGGGCGCGGGUGAUGGAGAGAGAUGCACAGGCGAGCAUGGUGAGUGGCGCAUG